ACUAGUGGGAGUGGCUAAGGCGUCAACUCCCAUUUCUGUCUUAAAAUGGCGUCCAUUGUAAGACCCUGCUUGAACACUCUUUUGUAUUCCUCUCCUUUUCUGAAAGCCGCUCUCUUUUCUCUCAUAGUCUUUGCCUUCUCUUUUUAUUCCGAGCUAUAUGAACUAGGCGAAGCUGAUGGUCCCAGUAAAGACUUCCCUCUCAACAGAUACUAUGUAAAAUACAACUGGGCCUGGACUCUCCUCUUCCUCCUCCCAACAGUAUCUUUGACGGCUAUCCUUUACACUGGAAUGGAACUAAAAGACGCCAUCCGUCACCUGUUCAGAUUACUCAUAAACCAUCUCAUAUGGUAUUCAGUGACGCAGUUAUUCCUAUCCUAUCAAAGAUCAGUGGGUGCUUGCUCUAAUAAAAGCAUUUCAAAUCGUUCCGAUUGUCUGUCUGGUGGCGGCACAUGGAGCGACAUUGACAUAUCGGGUCACGUGUUCCUCCUCUCAUUCUCUACAAUGAUAAUAAGUGAAGAAGUGAUGGCCAUCAGUCCUUGGGCUUGCAGUAACUAUCGUAUCUUACCACCACAGCCUAAAUGGAAGGCUACAAUAUUGCCAGUAAUUUAUAGUCACACCCUUUCUAGUUUUACUGUAGUUCUGUUUGAAAUCAUUGCAGCCAUCGAGAUUAUACUGAACGUACUAAUGAUACUCAUCACUUGCUUGUAUUUCCACACGUUCUAUGAGAAGAUACUAGCAUUAAUAAUAUCACUGACACUGUGGUAUGUUAGUUAUCAUGUGCUAUAUGGCUCAAGGAAAUGGCUACCAUGUACCGUGUGUGAAGGGAAACUGAACCCACUUAGGAGUGCAUCCAGUAAAUAAACAAAAUACUUUAAAGAUCUAACUAAUACCGAGAGUACAUAAUAUCAUGUACUCUUGCCAACACUCUAGUUACUUAAAUAGUUGUAUUAUAAUUUUCUCGCAAAAUAAAAUUAUUAUUAUUAUUAUUAUUAUUCAGAGUGACAAUUUAUUUAGUACAUUUUCUGUUUGUGAGG